CCGGAAGCGGAAAUAGCGAGGGAGCGGUUGACAGUUGCUGGUCAACUGAAGUAGUUCGCCAGCAAAACAAUAAAAUUGUGCAGAGAUGGAGCUGAGUGAAAUAUUAUACAACAAGGCUGAAUACAUCGAAACGGCAUCAGGCAACAAAGUCAGCAGACAAUCGGUUCUCUGCGGCAGUCAGAACAUUGUUCUCAAUGGAAAAACUAUCGUGAUGAAUGACUGUAUCAUCAGAGGAGAUCUCGCUAAUGUCAGAGUUGGGCGCCACUGUGUCAUUAAAAGUCGCAGUGUGAUCAGACCUCCUUUCAAGAAAUUUAGCAAAGGCGUGGCUUUCUUCCCCUUGCAUAUUGGGGAUCAUGUGUUCAUAGAGGAGGACUGUGUGGUCAACGCUGCACAGAUAGGAUCAUACGUCCACAUUGGCAAGAAUUGUGUGAUUGGUCGGCGCUGUGUGUUGAAGGACUGCUGUAAGAUACUGGAUAAUACUGUCCUUCCCCCAGAGACAGUAGUUCCUCCAUUUACUGUAUUCUCAGGCUGUCCAGGUUUGUUUUCAGGAGAGCUACCUGAAUGUACGCAGGAACUGAUGAUCGACGUUACCAAGAGUUACUACCAGAAAUUCCUCCCUCUUAGCCAGAUCUAGGACUGAACUUUGAAUAUGGACUAACAUUCCCCAACCAUCUCUUGUAUCUAAGUUACAGAUGCAAAGCUCAAACAACAACAAAAAUGCCAAUAUAAGUUUUGUUCAUAGUUGUGUUCACUUGCAGUAAAAGUCUCUUGCUAUGGUAACAUAGUAUAUGAAACUAUAAAAUAUGUGGUUUGUAUGCAAAACACCAUGAUCUCUCCUUGUUGUCAAGUUAGUGUUUUUAAGAUUUCUGUUGAUGCAUCUCAUAUAAUGUCACUGUACAUUGCAGUCCUGUUGGCGGGGCUGGAAAAAAUCUCAUGACAGUGUUUUACUGUUAGACUGAAGGGCCUUUAUUUAUUCAACUUUGCCAUUUCUGCAACACUAAACAUUUUCUGUUUGUAAAGACAGAUUACAGAUAAUAAAUGCUUUUUUAAAUGUC